AUGCUCGGUCAUGGCGUCAGGGUGCUGGUAGGGCUGACGGUCGUCGCUGCGUCGCUAGCGGUUGAUGCCCCUUUGGAGUACACGGGGAGGUGUGACGAGCCCGGAGAGACCUGUUUGAUCACAAGAGCAGACAACCCUCUUCCUCUCGUUGAGCUUCCUAAGUAUAGAGAUAAUGCUCUCUCAUUCGCUUCCAUUGGUGACUGGGGUUGUGGGCCGUACAACUGUGUGUUGAAGCCUGAUCCGAAUCAUAUUUCUGCUGGAGCCACUCAGAAGGCCGUGGCUGGGGUGAUGGCUCAAGUGGCCGAGAAGACGGGAGUGCAAUUCGUGCUGGCUGUAGGAGACAACUUUUACUUUCACGGAGUACAGGAUGUGAACGACCCCUUGUUCGACUCCGUGUGGAGAGAUCGUUUCAAUCAGCCGAGCAUGAACGUCCCCUGGUAUGUGACGUUGGGCAACCAUGAUCACUAUGGCAACCCCGAGGCGCAAAUAGAUUACAGCAAAGCCGGCUUCGACAAGCGCUGGAUCCUUCCCAACUACUACUACACAACAGUGCGAGAUGUUGGAAGCAACGGCAAGCAGCUGCAGCUUGUAUUUGUUGAUACUGUCAUUUUGGACGAAGGCUAUGGAAGAACGCUUCUCCUAGAAAAGAUCCGUGAAGGUAUCGUGCAACCAGAAGCUCUCGCCCGCUACGACUCGAGGUUUCAUAUCAGACAGAAGGCCGCGUCCGAACAACUUUUGUGGUUGGAGGAGACUCUCGCCCAGUCUACCGCUGAUUGGCUCAUUGUGAUAGGGCAUUAUCCCGUCUACUCCGGUGGAGAGCAUGGGUCUACGUUCUCGCUGGUAGAGCUGGUGAAACCGCUGCUGGAGAAGUACAAGGUGGACGCGUACAUCUCCGGUCAUGAUCACAACCAUCAGCACUUGCAGCACAACGGAGUGCAGUACUAUGUAUCUGGGAAUGGAUGUUUGAGAGGCAUCGUCAAGCCCCUGCCCAUGAUGGAGUUUGGAGCUGUUGACCCGGGCUUCAUGCAUCAUCAGGUGGAUGGGGAUGUGAUGAUCACAACUUGGAUUGACAUGAAUGGACGCGCCAUAUACUCUCAUACGCUCAAGCAAAAGCGUAAUGUUUAA